AUGGCUGUCUCGAUCGAGGAGCUCGACACCACGGUCCGCACCUUCUACGAGGGUCGCGGGGACCAGCAAAAAACCGCCCAAGCCGCAUUGAACCAGUUCAAGGAAGACCCCGACGCUUGGCUCAUGGUCGACAAGAUCCUCUCAGACGCGCAGUAUCCGCAAACAAAGUACUUGGGUUUGCAGGUCCUUGAUAAUGUCAUUUCUACGAGGUGGAAGGUGCUACCGAGGGACCAGUGCCAGGGUAUUCGAAACUUCAUCGUUCAGUUCAUCAUUCAGAGCUCGAGCUCCGAAGAGGCUCUGCGGAGCAACAAGACCUUGCUCAACAAGCUCAACCUCGUCCUCAUCUCCGUCCUCAAGCAAGAAUGGCCGCACAACUGGCCCACCUUCAUCAAUGAGAUCAUUUCAUCGUGCCACGCGAACCUCUCCAUCUGCGAGAACAACAUGAUUAUUCUGCGCUUGCUAUCCGAAGAAGUAUUUGACUACUCGGCCGAGCAGAUGACGUCGACAAAAACGAGGAACCUCAAGCAGACCAUGUGCGCCGAGUUCUCACAGAUCUUCCAGCUUUGCCAGGAGGUCCUCACCACGGCUGACCAGUCCAGCCUGAUCAAGGCGACGCUCGAGACCCUCCUUCGCUUCUGCAACUGGAUCCCCCUCGGCUACAUUUUUGAGACCCCCCUCAUCGACACGCUGCGCACCCGCUUCCUGUCGGUUCCCGAAUUCCGGAACAUCACCCUGCAGUGCCUGACGGAGAUUGGUGGCCUGCAGACCGGAGGGUCUGGCCAGUCCAACUCGUACGACGAGCAGCUGAUCAAGAUGUUCACCGAGGUCCUCACCACCAUUGCCGACAUUAUUCCCGUCUCCCUCGACCUCAAGAGCACCUAUCCGAGCAGCAACUCGCGAGACCAGGAGUUCGUCCAGAACCUGGCCCUCUUCCUCUCCAACUUCUUUGGCAUGCACCUCAAUCUCAUCGAAAACCUCCCCAACCGAGAUUAUCUUUUGCACGGACACUACUAUCUCAUCAGAAUAUCCCAAAUCGACGAUCGCGAAAUCUUCAAGAUUUGCCUCGACUACUGGCUCAAGCUGGUCCAAGAGCUCUACGAGGAGAUGCAGCAGUUGCCAAUCACCGACUUGAACCCGCUCAUGGCGGUUGGUGGCGGCAUGUCAGGCAGCGGCGCUCCCAAUCCUUCGCUGCUCAUGAACUACCCCUUGCGAAAGCAUAAGUACAACGAAGUUCUUUCGAACUUGCGGGUCGUCAUGAUCGAGCGCAUGGUUCGUCCCGAGGAAGUUUUGAUCGUUGAGAACGAUGAGGGAGAGAUAGUGCGCGAGUUCGUCAAGGAAAGCGACACCGUGCAGCUGUACAAGACGAUCAGGGAAUGCCUGGUCUACCUCACCCACCUCGACGUGGUCGACACCGAGAAUAUCAUGACGGAGAAGCUUGCCCGUCAGGUGGACGGCACCGAGUGGUCAUGGCACAACUGCAACGUUCUCUGCUGGGCCAUCGGGUCCAUUUCGCUGGCUAUGAACGAGGAGACGGAGAAACGCUUCCUGGUCACGGUCAUCAAGGACCUCCUGGGCCUCACCGAGAUGAAGCGAGGCAAGGACAACAAGGCUGUUGUUGCCAGCAACAUCAUGUACAUUGUCGGCCAGUACCCCCGGUUCCUCAAAGCCCAUUGGAAGUUCCUUAAGACGGUCGUCAACAAGCUCUUUGAGUUUAUGCAUGAGUCUCACGAAGGUGUUCAAGACAUGGCCUGCGACACGUUCAUCAAGAUCGCCCGCCAAUGCCGACGCCAUUUUGUUGCGCUCCAGCCUAGCGAGCAGGAGCCCUUCAUCGAAGAGAUCGUCCGGAACAUGGGCAAAAUCACCUGUGAUCUCACUCCCCAGCAGGUCCAUACCUUUUACGAGGCGUGCGGCUACAUGGUCGCCGCGCAGGGCAACAAGCAUCAACAGGAGAGACUGCUUGCGGAUCUCAUGAGCAUUCCGAACGCGGCCUGGGAUGAGAUUAUCAAGCAGGCAACUAUAAAUCCGUCCAUUCUGCAAGACGCGGAGACGAUUAAGGUCAUCGGCAACAUCAUGAAGACUAACGUAUCGGCAUGCACCUCUAUUGGGUCGUAUUUCUAUCCUCAGAUCGGGCGCAUCUACCAUGAUAUGCUUCAGAUGUAUCGCGCAACGAGCACCCUCAUCUCCGAGGCCGUCGCACGAGAUGGCGAGCUGGCGACGAAGAUGCCCAAAGUUCGGGGCCUGCGUACGAUUAAAAAGGAGAUUUUGAAGCUCGUCGAGACGUACGUCGAAAAGGCCGAAGAUCUGCAGGCCAUCCGCGCCCAGAUGGUCCCUCCUCUCCUGGACUCGGUCCUGGUCGACUACAACCGCAACGUUCCGGGAGCGCGCGAUGCCGAGGUCUUGAGGGCCAUGUCAGCCAUCAUCACCAAGUUAUCCGCCUUGAUGGAGGACCAGGUUCCGACAAUCAUGGAAAACGUCUUUGAAUGCACGCUCGAAAUGAUCAACAAGGACUUUUCUGAGUUCCCAGAGCACCGUGUCGAGUUUUUCAAUCUCUUGCGAGCCAUCAAUCUUCACUGCUUCCCAGCCCUCUUGAAGCUGGAUAAUAACCAGUUCAAGUUUGUCAUUGACUCGUGCUCGUGGGCCUUCAAGCACGACAACCGAGACGUCGAAGCGGCCGGCCUGAACAUGUGCCUGGAGCUCAUCAACAACAUCGCCGACAAGACAGAUGUCGCCACUGCCAAUGCCUUCUUCCAGCGCUUCUUUGUCACAAUUCUGCAGGACGUGCUGUUUGUCGUUACUGACAACGACCACAAGGCCGGCUUCAAGACGCAAUCGAUGCUGUUGAUGAAGCUGUUUUACUUUAUCUAUCCCGCCGACGGGACGCAGCCCAAGAUCCAAGGGCCCAUCUACUCACCUGACCAGGCUCAGGCUGGAACCAGCAACAAGGAAUUCUUGGGCAACUCGGUCGCGACGCUCCUUCGCAACGCCUUUCCCAAUUUGCAACCAGCGCAAGUGGCGAGCUUCGUCGAGGGCCUCUUCAGCCUCAACACGCAAUACGACAAGUUCCGACUCAACCUUCGAGACUUUUUGAUCUCGCUCAAGGAAUUCGCCGGCGACAAUGCAGAGCUUUUCAUCGUCGAGAAGGAACAGCAGGAGCGCGACGCCAAGGCUGCAGACAUGGAGCGGCGACAGAAGGUGGGAGGUCUCCUCAAGCCAUCCGAACUCGACGAUGACGAGCUGUGA